AUGGUUUUAUUUGCUCUGAGAAAUCCGCAGAUUGAUGCACAAGUAUUAGAUGAACGUUUGAGGCAGUCGUUAUUUAACUAUGUAGAUCAAGCAAUUGUUGAACUACCAAGCGAUGUAGCUGCACUUUUUCAUCGUUUUCGUGCUGAAUUAAAAUUAAUGACAGAGGUAUUGCUGUGGUUGGCUCGAUUGUCAAAAGGCCUUUCUUAUGGUCAAGCAAUGGUUGGAAUUCGUUAUGAAAAUUAUUCAAAGCGAGUAGCUGUCAUACAUUUUCUUUUGACGGUUUUUCCGUCAUACCUGUCGUCUCGAGCGCAAAAUUUUGUACAAAAUGUUGUGAUUCUUAAAUUUUUCGCUCGAAUCGAAGCAAUUUGUCGUUUGGUAGCUUUGUUAUUUCAUUUUUAUUUCAUCAGAUAUGGUGGCGUUCGAACGAUGGCUGAAAGAAUUUUACAGCUUUGUACGAUUUAUGAAAAACCACCUGUUUUAGGUACCGUCAACUAUUCAGCAUUGAACCGAGAUUUUUUAUGGCUUUUAUGUCGGGAUGUUAUUACAUUUUUUCUACCUAUAAUUGAUAGAUUAGGUCGAAUUCUUCAGUUUCGAUUCUUUAAUAACUUUUUCAUUCAAACUGUUUCUGAUGGUAUAAUAUGUUCGCAUUGUAAACGAAAAGCCAUUCUACCCGUUCGUGAUAACAUCUGUGGACAUAUUAAUUGUUAUUAUUGCUAUCAAGUUAUAACAUCAUGUACGAUGUGCGGAACAAAUUUAAAUAAGAAUAAUUUUCGUUUUCUACAAAACGAGUCGAACUCACGGAUUGAUGCGUCGGAUGCAGCCAUCAUCUGA